UGUUUGUGUAUCAUGCAGGAGAAGAGGGGAAGAUGAAUACACAUUUUCUCUCCACUCUCCUCCUUUUGGUCGUUCUCAAUGUCAAUUCAAUCUAUAGUGAAGAAGAUACAGAAACUCUGCUCUGUCUUGAGCACCAAAAAACUUUUGAAGGCUCCUGCUAUGAGUUUGUGACCCUGCAGCGUAGCUUCCUCGAAGCUCAAAGUUGGUGUGAGCGUGGUGGUGGACACCUGGCCUUCAUCCAGAAUGAUGAGAUGCAGCAGUUUCUCCAGAGACAUUUGCAAUUGGAGCAGGACUGGUGGCUAGGACUGGCGCCUGCCUCCUUCAACCUCAGCAUGGGCUCGGCUGCCACAGAGGAAGAUGGUUCCUUGUCCUGGCUUGAUGGAUCUGACGUCAGUUACUCGAACUGGCUCCGUGAACCUGAGAUUGGAGAAGCUUGUGGUUACAUCUUGAAGGAAUCCGGAUUUCAGUGGGCGUCGACCAAAAACUGUAGCCAAGAGUUCCACUUUAUCUGCGAGUUUGAGUCGGGACAUGGUCUAGCCUGUAUGGACCACAACGCCACGCUACAGUGUGGCUCUGGUCAGGUUAUAGAGAUUGAUGACAGCUUCUACGGCAGGAAGACUCUACACUACUGCAGGGCCGGACGCUCUGUUCCUCAUACAUCCUUACAGGAAGAGUGCAGCUGGGUCGACGUGGUGGAUACAGUGUCAGGGCACUGCCAUGGGUUGCAGGUAUGCCAAGCUGUUGCAGAUGUAGCAUUGUUUGGAGAACCGUGUCCAGGACUAGGAAGCUAUUUAUCAGUGGAUUAUCACUGCAAAGAUGGACUUCAUUUGCUGAUUAGUAAGCAAGCUGCUGUCUCUGAUAACGUCACCUUGACUAUAAAGUGGUUGCUCCAUCCUUUCCAAGGAAAUCUCACAUGCACUUUGAAUGCUGGUGAUGGGCACACCAUCGACCCCUACAUGCCUGAGAAGUUACAGAGUUAUGUAGUGCACAGAUACCGACAUGCUGGAGUCUAUACUGUUACAGUAGAGUGUAGCACCAGUGAGUGGCACGUGACAGCUCAGAAAACCAUCACCAUCCAAGAACCUGUUGGGGAAUUUAACACAAUUGUGUGCCACAGCUCAAACCAGACAACGGACAGGGAAAACUGCAAAGGUCUUAACCACCAUGCGCUGGGAAUCCAAGUGCAGCUCAGUGCUGGUACUAACGUCACAUACAAAAUCCAGCAUGGGAUCACUGAGCUUGUCCGCUCUUCUGAAGUCAGAGGGAUCAUUCCUCACAACAUCACUAUCCCUCAAGAAGCUUUACAGCUUUUGGGCUUGGGAUGCCAUCAACUUACUCUCCUGGCCUCCAAUGGAGUGACCGCUCCAGAUGUGUCUGCUACUCUGGAACUUUGCUUGGUGGAGCCAGUGGCUGGUCUUCAAGCCUCUGUGGCACCAGAACAGGAUCUGUGCUCAGACUCAGCUCUAUAUGUUAAUGUCUCUCUGGACCAUGGUACUCCAGUUGAGGUGCUCUUUCUGGUCUCUGGGGAUAACAGCAGCUUCUCUGAGACCCAUCACAUGCGAAAUGGGAGUUUACAGAUGUUCAGGGUCUCCAGCAAAAUAGAAGGUUCUGUUGAUAUUGUUGUAAUAUUGUUUUUUUGUUCUGUUUUAUUUUUUUAUACCAGGAAAUCAAUUCUUUCUUCUUUUUUUACAGGGUCAAUGCAGGUAAAGGUCAGGGCGUGGAACUUGUUUUCAUCAGUGGAAGUUGAUGCCGGAGAAACACUACUGGAUUGCCAGGUGGACAACUCAACAGAAGAUCACAUGGGAGGGCUAACUGGCAAUAACCUGAUGAUCACUGCAAACCCUGAGAACCCAGUCAUAGGCAUGAGUAGCAUAAUGUUGGGUGUUAGUGGCCUAAAUGGAAAUGCUGAACUUUACACAUUUGCCUGGAACUGCAGUGGAACUUGUCCCUGUAAUGUCAGUACUCAGACUAAAACCCAUCAGAUAAGUGCUAGUUGUCUCCCUCCACCCUACAGUUUUUCAGUCUACUCUGUGACCGCUACAAAGGCAGCGGGACAGCUAGAGGAACGGACAGCAAGCAAAUGCAUCUCUGUGUCUCCAGGGAAUGAUUUUAAUCCAGUGAUUACAUGUUCCAACUGUGACCCAGUGAAUGUCAACGCAAAUGUUAAGUUGCAGUUGCAGUGUGAAGGCUGUCAGCAAAUUGUUUGGUACUUUGAGGACACAAACCCUGUACCUGAUGUUUUGAGUUCCUGCUUUAAUGAAAAAGCACAGAAGGCACUGAUCAAACAGAAGGAAGGUGUCAGCUCUUUUGUAAUCGAGAGUGCAACCCUAGUCAAUGCAGAUCAGAAUAUAAAUGUUGUUGCUUAUGGUGUAAGAGAUGGUUUAUCUGGAGCGACUGAAUUCACCAUCCCAAUAUUCGGUGCCUCGUCUACUUUGUUUCCAUCAUUACUACCUGACAGUCAAGCCACAAAUGGGCAGCUUGCAUCCCAACCCCAAACUGAGGUUUUCUCUCCACCGUCCUGUAACAUUAACCCCACUGUUGGAGACAUUCUCUCUCCCUUCAACAUCACAUGCACUGUGGCUCCUUCAUUCUGCAAAGCUGGACCCUGUAUGUACUGCUUCAGAACAUCCACUGGUGUCUACUUGUACUGUGGCCAUAACCAGAUGGUGGAGUCAUUCUUUCUCCCUGUGGGGAGCGAUGGUAACUACAGCCUGGUUGUAGCGAUCACUGUUGAGAAUGUGGAAGGGGAGAAGAUUAACACAACCUUAUCUGUCCAGGUAAAUGAUGCUAGCAUUGGGAACACAGUGGAGGUUCUGCAGAGCUUUGUGUCCAAGCAGAUGGACCAGUUGUUGCAGCUUGGGAAGUUGACAGGGGCAACAUUAGCCCAGAUGUUCCAGCCGGUGUCUAAUAAGCUGAAUGGGGACACAACCGAGGGCCAAGAACAAGAUGCAAAGAUGAAGCUACGAGAGCAGAUGCUGUUAGACCUGGGCAGAGCUGUGAACACUGCCCCCCUCAGGAACCCUUCAGAAGUGCAAAAGACAGCUGAUGCUGUUGUGGGCCUCACUACACAGAGUGAAGAGCUAACGUCUACAUCUCAGCUAGAGGCCAGCUCACUUUUGUCAAACCUCAGUAUGUCCCUGGUGUCUUUCACACUCUCUGAGGGGGGUGACAAAGAAGUAAUAUGGCAGGCAGUCACAUCUAUCAUUCAGGCCACCAGUAACAUCCUCAAAGUUUCUGCCAGCACAGACCAGCAGGAAAUCAUUUCAGAAAAUGUGCUAAAUGCAGCAGACAACGUCCAGAGUGUGCUGCUAGCUGGUGCGAGCAUAGACCAAGAGCCCAUCAUUGUUAGCACCUCCGAAAUCAGUGUGUAUGUAAACAGAGUGUCACCAGUGGCACUUCAGAAACAGUCCUUAAGAAUUGGAUACAACAGCUCAGCCAGCUUUGUGCUUCCGUCUUUGGGUCCUAACGUGCUGCCUUUAGAAGAGCCAGUGGAUGUGCGGAUGCUGAGUUUUGCGAUAAACCCUUUCCCCUGGAGGGAAGGUGAGCCCAUAAAUGGAGCGGUAGCAUCUCUCUCCAUCACCCGAAAGAAUGGAUCAGUUAUCUCAGUAUCAAACCUCAGUGAGGAGAUCGAGAUUAUCUUACCAAGACCAGAGGCUGAAGUUAACAGUACAUUUCUGGACCUGGGGAACUACAGUACCUUGGUCAUUAAUGUGACCAAGCCAAACAUAUCUCUGGUUUUGAAAUUGCACCCCUCAGAAGAGAUACCUUUACAUUUACUCCUGGGGUUUGAACACUACCCAAACAACACUCACUACAAGACCACACUUCAGCUCCCUCAACCAGGAAAUUCAGCAGAAGAGAGGUAUGCAUGGGUUCUGGACCCCAGGGAUAUAGCACUAGAAGUUGGGGUUUACUAUCUUCUGGUGAGGCCUAUUGGCCAAGCAGGUGUAAACUCCUUGAAUGCCUCAGUGUACAUCACGUCGAUAGCUGCUCAGUGUAAGUACUGGGAUGAGACGGUAACCAACUGGAGUGACUCUGGCUGCAGGGUUGGACCUCGCACCACACCACUUCUUACUCAGUGCCUGUGUACACAUUUGACAUUUUUCGGGAGUUCCUUCUUUGUCAUGCCGAACCUAGUCGACGUGUCCCGCACUGCUGAACUUUUCGCCACGUUCGUCAGUAACCCUGUGGUGGUGUGUUUUGUGGGUGCCAUUUUCCUCCUCUACCUCAUAGUUGUGGUUUGGGCGCGAAGAAAGGACAUCCAAGACACAGCAAAGGUCAAAGUUACAGUGCUAGAGGACAAUGAUCCCUUGGCUGAAUAUCGCUACUUACUGACCAUCAGCACUGGGCAUCGUCGAGGAGCUUCUACAUCCUCUCAGGUUACAGCAACUCUACUAGGUUCUGAGGGAGAAAGCGAGCCCCAUCAUCUAACUGACUCAGACAAGCCGGUAUUUGACAGAGGAGGAACAGACAUGUUCCUCCUCACCACGCCUUUCUCACUUGGAGAGCUGCAGAGCAUCCGAUUAUGGCAUAAUAAUUCUGGGAAACAUCCUGCUUGGUAUGUUAAUAAGGCGAUGGUCCAGGACCUGGAGACAGGGCAGAAGUGGCAUUUCUUAUGUAGUUCAUGGCUGGCCAUUGAUGUAGGUGACUGCACCCUGGACAAAGUGUUUCCUGCAGCAACAGAGAUGGACUUAAAAAGAUUUAGUAAUCUGUUCUUUAUGAAAACCACAAAGGAUUUCCAAGAUGGUCAUAUUUGGUUUUCUGUGAUCAAUCGGCCCCCCAGCAGUAACUUCACUCGAGUGCAGCGUGUUUCAUGCUGCUUCUCUUUGUUGCUCUGCACCAUGCUGACCAGUAUGAUGUUUUGGGGGAUUCCCACUGACCCCUCUGAGCAGACCAUGGAUCUGGGUAAGAUCGAGUUCACUUGGCAGCAAGUGAUGAUUGGAAUCCAGAGCUCCAUUAUUAUGUUCCCCAUCAAUCUUCUUAUCGUGAGCAUCUUCAGAAACACCCGACCAAGGGAACGAAGGACAGAUCAAACUCCUAAACAGCCUAAGACUGAUUCUAUUAAGCAAGGAAAAACAGGACGGGUGUCACCAACCCAAACUCCUUCUCCACAAAGUGACCAUAGGGAGAUCACACCAGACGCUGUAGUCAAGGAUAUCAAAAAGAUAGCCCAAUCACUCUCCAAAGCUCUGAGAAGCCCCAUGCCAAGGAUAGACCCUGAGAAAAUGGAUAUCAACGCUCUCCUAUCACUAGUCGAAGAUAUUAUUUGUCAGCAGAACUGUAUAGGAGGCGAGUUUUACUCUGAUGCCUCCAAAAAGCAGUUUGCCAUCUCUCUGGGGGCUGUAAAUCUUCAUGAGAGGAGUCCUGAACAGAUGCCAAAACAGAAACACAGUAUCUACAGGCAGUAUCUCUACAAACAACUCCAGAAUGUGGAGAAAGAGCUGAGACUGCUGGGUCCUUCCCGGUUCUCUAAACCAGAGAGCUACAUUCAGGCAGUGCUGCAGGUUCAGGGCAUGAAAGGAUUGCUUGAGCCGUAUCUCUCCUCCAGCUCCAGUAGGGACCAGGUCUCCUCCGGCUCCAGUCUGGGGGAGGGCCGCAGAGGUGAUCAGAAGUGCUGCCAGAAAGGCUUGCCCUGGUGGUUUGUGUUUGUUGGCUGGAUUCUUGUUGCAGCCACUAGUGGAGUCUCAGCAUAUUUCACCAUGAUGUAUGGGCUGACGUAUGGAAUGGAUCGCUCUAUUAGCUGGCUCAUUUCUAUGACUGUGUCUUUUUUUGAGAGCCUCUUCAUUACCCAGCCUUUGAAGGUGCUGGGAUUUGCCGUCUUCUUUGCUCUAGUUUUAAAGACAGUUGAUCAAGAGGAAUGUGGAGAUGUUCCUAUUGAGGGGGCUCUAUCAAGUACAGAUAAUCCUGAUGGCAUAUGCAUUGCCAGGAGGGACAGCACAUGCAGUUUCUAUCAGCCUCCUCCACCCUCUGAUAUUGAGAAGAUGAGGAACAACAUGAUCAAAGAACAGAAAGUCUUUGCACUCAUCAGGGAGAUUCUCAUUUAUGUCGGCUUCCUCUGGAUGCUGCUCCUGGUGGCUUACGGUCAGAGAGAUCCAAAUGCUUACUACCUCACUCAACAUAUUCAGCAGCGCUUCGGGAACAGUAUUGCUGACAGCAUGAACUACAAAGAUGUGUUUACCUGGGCGAACACCACGCUCAUAAAUAGCGUUUUCGGACGACAACCAGGCUUUAUCACAGAUGGAAACUCGAAGCUUGUAGGUAGUGCUCGACUCCGGCAGGUGCGAGUGCACAAGGACUCCUGCAAGACCUCCAGCUUCAUGAGCCGCUCCAUUCAUGACUGCAAUGCUCCAUACUCUUGGGAGGUGGAGGACAUGGGGUCCUACGGUCCAGGCUGGAACAGAUCGGCAGAUGUAAACGCGUCUAAAAGUCUCCUCAUGCCAUGGCGGUACCAAACCCAGUCCAGACUCAGGGCGCAUCCUAUCUGGGGUGGGGUGGCUUUCUACAGAGGUGGGGGCUUUGUUGUGGACCUGGGGCCUAACAAACAAAAUGCAAGAAGUUUGCUUCAGUACCUUUUUGACAACACCUGGGUGGACAGAUACACUCGGGCUAUCUUUGUGGAGUUUACAGUGUAUAACGCUAAUGUCAACCUCUUCUGUAUUGUCACGCUGAUGUUUGAGACCACAGCAGUGGGAGCAUUCCAGUAUCGCAGUGAUCUACAAAGUGUUCGCCUUUAUCAGUCAACUGGUGGUUUUCAUAUUUUCAUGAUGGCCUCCGAGGCCAUCUAUUUUCUCUUCAUUCUUUAUUACAUGUUUCAGCAGGGCAAGCUUAUGAAGCAGCACAAGUGGGAAUAUUUCAGGAGCAAGUGGAAUGUUUUGGAGCUAGCCAUCAUUAUUUUAAGCUGGAGUGCAUUGUGUGUUUUCAUCAAGAGGACUCUGUUGGGCAACCGGGACAUUGAGUACUAUCGAAACCACAAAGACCAACAUGCUAGCUUCCAUGAAACCGCCACAGCAGAUGGAGUUCUUGGAUACCUAAUAGCUUUCCUGGUUCUGCUGGCUACGGUCAAACUGUGGCACCUGCUACGCCUCAACCCUAAACUGCAAAUGAUCAGCGCAACCUUGCGUCGGGCAUGGAACGACAUCUCUGGCUUCCUCAUCGUCAUGACGAUUAUGUUAUCGGCGUACUCCAUCGCUUGUAAUUUAAUGUACGGUUGGAAGCUUUAUUCAUACAACACUCUUCUACAUGCUGCCAAGACCAUCGUAAGCUUACAACUGGGGAUCUUCAACUAUGAGGAAGUUUUGCAGUACAAUCCUGUUCUGGGUGCAUUUGUCAUUGGUUCCUGCAUCAUCUUCAUGACAUUUGUGGUUCUGAACCUAUUUAUAUCCGUUAUCCUGGUGGCAUUUUCUGAAGAACAGUUACACCAUAAGCCGUCCGAAGAGGAAGAAAUCGUAGAUCUGAUGCUGAUGAAGAUAUGCAGUCUUUUGGGAAUCAAGGUCAAGAAGAACCAGUUACCUGAGGAACCGAAAGCAAGACCGUUUGCCAUAUCAUAAACGUACGAUUGGGAUCGAAACAUAAGAGUAGCACAUGAAGUGGAUUAUAGAAGCUUUUAUGUAAUGCUCUUUUUGUCUUUGG